AGUGGGGUCUUUGUCAUCAACACUAAGAGAAGCCUUUUGUCAUUUCUCUCAUGAGGAGCCAGAGCUGACCUUUUGCCAGGAUGGAGGUGGCCCUCUCUGCCCCACAGAUACUCUCAGAGCCCCUGAGGAAGGGGACUCCUCUGCCUCUGAGCCAGCUGGUGGAGGAGAGCAGGAGCAGAGGCAACAUCCCCAAUCAUCUACUGGAGUCAAAAAUCUAUGCCAAACUCAAAAGCAACAGCCUGAUCCAAGCAGAGCCCCCAGAGCUUCACUUCAGUGGGUUUGAGCUUGGAAAGGAUUACCUAAAAAUUCUGAAACUAAUCAACAUCUCAUCUGAGGUUAUGAAUAUUCAUAUUAUUUCCACCCAAACCAAGCACUUCCAAACAACUUACACGAAAAAGUAUCGUCUCAUCCCCGGCCUCGCCUACACGCUCAAGGUCCGAUUCUGUCCCGAUGAGUGGCGCUACUUCUAUGACUGCAUUCGAGUUCACUGCAAGGGGGAAGAGAACCUGUUAAUUCCAGUUCAUGCUUACCCUGUCAUCGAUGACCUGCGCAUCCCCCCUCGCAUCGACCUAUCAGCCGUGCCACUUGGACAAAGUGUAACCCAUGCUAUUCCUCUGAGAUGCAGCUGUCCCAUUGACUUUGAGUUCCAGGUGUAUGUUAUUCAGCCCCAUGAGGCGUUCUCCAUCCAUCCCCUUUCAGGUGUGAUACCAGCCAACGGUGAGGUGAAGCUCACGGUGACCUUCAGUCCUUUCCAGUAUGAGACUUCUCAGGUCACCAUCCAGCUGGUCAUCUCACAGUUCAACACCAAACCUUACCUCUGUACCAUCACUGGGAAUUCUGCCCCUAACCCAGCCCUCAGUCAGCUGGAAAGGAAGUCGGGUCAUGGAGAUGCAGCGAUUGCAGAAUAUAAGGGACCUUCACCUGCCACCCAAGUGCCUCCUCGAAGUAAAACCAGAUACAGGUCAACCAAGGAGGCUGACAAAUCAAAGAAGUUGAGGGAUCAGUCCGGACUGAAGCCGCCGGUGGAUGUCUCUACCCCCGCGGGCGUUGCCAAGAUGCUGAUCAAAGACACCAGUAAACUCAGCUCUAAAGCCCUGAAGGAAGCCAUGUCCUGCGGCAGUGUGUUUGGUCUGCAAAACAAGCAAAUGAAGGAGGCACUUUUCAUAAAAAAGGUUCAACAAAAUGUGAAGGAGGAGCAAGCCAACCACGUCAGAUGGCAAGUCCACCUGGGUAAAGACCCUGUGUCAGAGCAAACCAGGAGGCAGAUACUGGAGGAGAGAGAGAUCACGCUGCAUGAAUACACGGUACAAAGGGGAGAUGUAAGGCAAGAGGAAGACUUUGCUGCUGGACCACCUAAACUUUCCUCCAGACGAGUGCUUUGUGAAGCUGGACAGGCCCCAGAGGGAGCCCCAACCUUCCAGUUUUACUCCAGUUUUCAUUGGGAGUUGAGACGAAGAGCCCUCAGACUGUUCCAGCAGGCAGCACGCAAGGUUGUGAUCCGAUGUCGCAUGAACCGAAGACUGGCGAGUUUGAAGGAGCUGGCAGACAGCGUGAGGAACCUGCCCUCGGCACAGAAAGUCGGAGAGAAGAAGCCGUGUGACCUGGAGAUAUCGCCAGACAAAGUCUUUCCAUUUUCUUUUCCCAUUUUCCCUGAUGAACAUGACCCACUGGUUCCUCAGCACUAUAAGCUUAUGGGCUACGAGCCUGUGUCAACCUGGGAGGCAUUUAACUCUUAUAUCCCCACUACUCUGGCCAGACCACUUCGCACUGGAGCUUCGGACGAGGCUGGAGCCGAGAAGGAACAGCAGCAUGAAAAUGAAGAAGCAGCUGUGGAAGCAAAGGAGGUGGCGGGUCUCAGCUUCACUGCCCCUGAAGCUCUGCUCAGACCUUUCCCUGCAAACCCGCUCAGGAUCUUUAAUCCGGCUCCAGGCCUGCAGGCUUACAAACCGACCCCUAAAUACCUGGAGAGUGAUCUGGAGUUCCACCUCUGCCCUCUGCCCAGGUACACAGUCUCAGAGAGCAGCAUGCAUGACACAAGGACUCUGCACACUCAGAAGAAGUUUCUGGAUCGCAAGGAAGUGAUAAAAGGGGUCAUGACAUGGAAGAACUUCGAUUCGAUCGCCUUGAACUCUUUGUCCAACCAACCUGCUCUCACCAGUGGCUGUGCCCUGCGCAGGUCUGUCGACUACAGCACAGAUGUACUUCCACUCACAGCACCUCGUCCUCUCACCACCUUUCCUGAUGAUCUGACGCCACUAAUGGACAAACCGUGUGAAGGCUCAGGAGUUCAACUGACUCCAGAGAUGAUCAGAGCAGAGUUCUUGUCUGGGGAACCUCUGGUCUCCAAUAGCAACCUCACCACGGGAAUGACAGCCUGGCACCAGAGGGAGCUUCAGAUGGAGGCAACAUACAGGUCUGAAUUCAACCAGAUGGGAAGAAGAGUGAUGACCAGGCUGGGGAAACUUGGAAUCGACAACGGAACUUCUCAUUCACCAGGAGAGGACUGUGAAUAG